ACAUUUCUUUCCGUGAAUCGUCUGGUAAUGGCCCCCAAGGCGAAAGACAAGUCGAAGGCCGCUGCGUCGGCGGCGGCUACACCGGCGGUGGCAAUCGAAGAUCUAUUCACAUCGCUCAAUCGCCAUAUCCAGCGGUCCGAAUUUGAUCAAGCUGUCAAAGUUUCAGAUCAAGUUCUUAAGACUGCCCCUGGAGAUGAAGAUGCGAUUAGAUGCAAAGUUGUAGCUUUGAUUAAAAACGAUAACAUCGAUGAAGCUUUGUCGGCAAUUCAGGAGUUCUCGAAGAAAUCAUCCAUUGAUUUCAGCUUCUUUCGUGCAUACUGUUUGUAUCGAAAAAACAAGUUAGAUGAAGCAUUGGAGUCCUUGAAAGGGAAAGAAGAGAACACUGCAAACAUGUUACUGCAGUCGCAGAUUUUGUAUCGAUUGGGAAAAAUGGAUGAUUGCAUUAGCAUAUAUCAAAAACUUCAGAAGUCCAAGAUAGAGACUUUAGAAAUCAAUUAUGUUGCUGCCCUGGUUUCUGCUGGGAGGGCUUCAGAAGUGCAACGGGUAAUGGAUUCUUUCAGAGUUAAACCAACCAGCAGUUUUGAGCUGGCAUAUAAUGUUGCGUGCUCAUUGAUCGAAAGACAAAUGUUUAAAGAUGCAGAGCAACUAUUGCUGUCGGCGCGAAGAAUUGGUCAAGAGACACUAAUGGAAGAAAAUUUAGCUGAUGAUGACAUCGAAAUUGAAUUGGCCCCUAUAGUUGUGCAGUUAGCUUAUGUUCAGAAGAUCCUUGGCAACCAUGAAGAAGCCUUUGUACAGUACACCAAUAUUAUCAAGAAAUCUCUUGCCGAUGAAUCAUCCCUUGCCGUGUCAAUAUGCAACCUCAUUGCAUUAAAGGGACCCAAGGAUGUGUCUGAUGGCUUAAGAAAACUUGAUAAACUUAUAGAGAAAGGUGAAGGACCUUCCACCUUCCAGCUUUCCGGGGUUCUCAACCUGAAACUCUCACAGAAGCAAAAGGAAGCCAUAUAUGUUAACCGUUUGCUAUUGCUUCUUCACUCUAAUAAGUUAGAUCAGGCCAGAGAACUUGGGUCUGCACUUCCGGGUAUGUUUCCAAACAGUAUUCUACCGGUGCUCCUACUAGCUGCUGUUCAUGUAAGGGAGAACAAAGCCAACAAAGCCGAAGAACUCUUACUGCAGUAUGCAAGCAAGUUCCCUGAAAACUCUAAGGUCAUCUUCCUCGCAAGGGCUCAAGUUGCUGCAGCUGCAGGCCACGCACAAGUAGCAGCCGACUCACUGCUAAAAAUUCCAGAAAUUCAACAUAAGCCCGCAACUGUCGCCACUGUUGUCUCCCUCAAAGAGCGCGCCGGGGACAUAGAUGGUGCUAGCUCCGUGUUUGAUUCAGCAAUACAAUGGUGGUCCCAUGCCAUGACCGAAGACAACAAGCUCAAUAUCAUCAUGCAAGAGGCUGCUGCAUUUAAGCUCCGCCAUGGAAAGAAGGAUGAGGCUGCUCGUCUUUACGAAAACCUUGUGAAAAGCCAUGGAAGCAUCGAGGCUUUGGUAGGGCUAAUUCAGACCACUGCUCAUACAAAUGUUGAAAAAGCUGAAUCUUACGAAAAACAGCUCAAGCCGUUGCCCGGACUGAAAGGAAUCAAUAUAGAGAGCCUUGAAAAGACAUCUGGCGCAAAGCAAAUUGAGAAUGUGAGCAUACCCGAAAUGUAUGAACCGAAGAACAAGGAGAAAACAAAGAAGAAGAGAAAGAGAAAGCCAAGGUAUCCAAAAGGGUUCGAUCCAGCUAAUCCAGGUCCUCCUCCCGAUCCAGAAAGAUGGCUACCAAAGCGAGAAAGAUCCAGCUACAGGCCUAAGAGAAAGGAUAAAAGAGCUGCUCAAAUCCGGGGUUCUCAGGGAGCAGUUGCGAAAGAGUCGGCUGACAGUGGCAAUACUUCAAAAUCGAACCAAGCGACGAGCUCCAAAGGAAAUGUUCAGAACACAAGCACAACACAAACCAAGGGUUCAUCUAAAUCCAGGAAGAAAUCUCGAAACUGAUGUUGAAAGGUUAGCUGAAGUACACAUUACAUAUCUUACUUGCGAUUGAUGAGAGUAUUCGCAUUCGCAUUCGCGGGACCUUAGGUACGUGCAAUCUUUGGUCUUUUCUGGAUUUAUAAGUUAACUGAAAUUAUAGUAUUUACUAAUGUUUUGUGUAACAAAAAAUUGUGGGACACAGUAGCUCGAUUCUGCUGCUUUUCUUGUUAGACAUGAUCAUGAGUUGUUUUAUUUAUACCUUGCGGCAAAACUAUUUGAUGGUAUGAAAUGCACUUGUCAUUA